AUGAAUAGACAGCCGUCAUACAUGGUUGAUACAUUAGUCAAACAUUUCUUCAAUGAGAGAAUUUUUCCAAUUUUACCAAUUGAAUCCGGGUUUCCAAGUUAUUUGGAAGUCGAGUCCGAACCGUCAUACAUAUCAUGUAGAUCCGUUAUCAUGAAUAUAGCCAUUUCUAAAGAUUUGAAUCCAAUCGCUGAACAAACCAUGAACUUAAUUGAAACAAUUUUGAAAAAUGAAUCCAUCAUCUCGCAAAAUACAACUGAAAGUGCAAUCCAAUCAAUACUUGCCUUAUUAAGAUUAUUAAGUGAUACAAUGGAAUAUUUCUGGGAUUAUAUAGAAUCACACAAUACAGAAAAAUCUAAAAAAUCAAAAGAUGAACAUUAUGAAAAGAAGAAAAAUUUAUUCUCAGGCUCCAUUAUGGGUUAUUCUGUAGGUAGAUCUGGCUUCCAUCAAAAACCUCCAAAUUUACUCAAUUCAGAAUUAGCCCUCCGAUUAAUAAAUCUUUGUUCAAAACUUAAAUUUAAUACAAGAACAUUGGAUGUAUUACGAGAUAUGGCCUCUAAUUUAUACGGAGUUGAUUCGUUGUUAAGUGCAACUGCAUUAGUCAAAUAUCAAACAUUCCUUAAACAAAAGAACAAUCCAGAAUAUGCAAGAAUGGUAGAUAUUACUCUAAGUCACAUCUUAAGGUUCGUCGCUGCCUCUAAUCCUAAUGAAUUCUUCAAAUAUAUAAGAGCAAAUAUACAGGAUCCAUUAACGACCGCUUCAAAGAGUGAAUUCCAAGUUGUCCAGCAUUUUGAAAUGCUUGGUUGUGCAUAUAUAACAAUAGAUACUUUACCAAAAUUUUUGAACAUUGUAAAAUUAUUAUUUCGAGGAAUAAAACGAAUUAUUUUUACUUGUAUGCUACUAUUUUUUUCAUCAAAAUCAUUGACUUUCUGGUACAUGGCUAGACCAAAUGAAUAUGUUCAAUUAUUCGAUCUUUUAAAAAAUGAUCCUAUGAAAACAAAUGUAUAUACAAAGACACUCACAACUACAGUCAGCACAUUAUUUGACCAAAUUUAUUCUGACUUCGAUGUUGCAAACAUUCUUUCCUCAUUGCAGCAUCAUACAGUACUGCAGAACAGUCAAACCACGAACACAGUAGGAACGGCAACGCAAUCGGAUACUUCUUCUACUAAUUCCAAUUCAAACUCUUCAAUUCUUACAAAUGAUCCUUCUCUACCACAAGUUACAAUACCGGCAACAUCUUUACUUUCAAAUGUUGAUUCUGACUUUUUGAGAACUGCAGAUGACUCUACACAUCAACCUAGAACAGAUCUACCUGCCGGAAAGAAGUCUGGUUUAGGUAACACCAAGGAUACUUUACAUUUGGAAAAUAUCUUAGAACUUUAUACCUAUUUCGAUGACACUGAAAUCUUACCACAUACAGCAAUACUACGAUUUUUGAUAACUUUAGUGGUGCUUGAUACUGAUACUUUUGUCGAGUUGAAUUCUCAACAUUUCGAAUAUCUUUCCGAUCCGGAGAAAAAUUUAAAGAAUGUUUUAGUUCCUGAAGGUAAAGACAGCGACAUAAAUUCAAAUAUAAAACACAUAACGUCUGGCCUAAAGAAAUUGACUACACUACAAUUAUCGAAGAAAAAAUCUGUUAAGUUUAUGACAUUAUUAAUUAAGAACCUAAAUGGAGCACAAGCUGUUGCGAAAAUACUAUUACCAGAUUCGUUAAGGGCAGCCAUUUCGCUUGUAUCAAUCAUGGCAUCGGUUCAUCUGAUAAACAAAGAAAUACCAUCUGCCGUUUUCGCCAAGAGAUUAAUAAGUCUUUUAGGAUCCAAUCUGGAACUGGGAAGCCCUUGGAGUGUACCGCCAAACAAAACAUUAGUAAAUUGUCUUGAUAGAAACAGCGUAUCUAGAAACCACAUACGAUUGAAAUUCUUUGCUGCUGCUCUUCAAUUUGAUCCAGACGCAUUCUUAGCAAAACUAGGUAUCACAGAUGUGACAUUACCGACUUUGAAUCUCGAAGAACAAAUAUUUUAUACUGAAGCCUUUAGAGUGUUUUUCCAUUUACCAAGUACAGGUGACUUACGAAAAGAAAUAGCUUACAAGACAUCAGCUUUUUUCAAAUCUUUGUUUUGUUCCGUUGCAGAUAUUUUACUUGAAGCAUUCCCUUACUUUAAUGACAAGAUUUCGGAUAUUGUUUCCUCCAUUUUAGACGGGACAAUUUUGGAUGAAUUUGGGACAAGAAAAUUAUUUAGAGGUAGCACAACUUCGUUGGCAGCCUCUUUAAAUUCAGCAUCAUCAUAUCAGCCAUCUGAACGUUCUGUUUUAAGUCCGUCAUCGUAUGAUGGAGACGCAGCCCAAGCUUUGUUCUUUUCACCUUCAAUGCUUUCUAAAGCCUCAAUAUCACGUUCUAGUCCGACUAGUGCUUCACAAGAUGAUGAUACUUCCACAUCGACGUCUUCAUUAUCUUCUACUAAUCAUGGUAGCAGUAAUACCCCAUCAGCAAUUGAUCUACCAUUUUCACAUUUAAUUACUCCAAGAACCCGUCCAGUAGGAAGUUCUGCAGUAAAGAAUAGAUUCCCUCCAGUUACAUCGCUACUUAACUCUGAGAAAUCUGUAACUACUGAUUUGAGUCCUACAAGUAAUCUUUCAGCAUCUCUAAUGACGUUGACAAACUCAACGCCUACUCCUACAUUACAACCUUAUAAACUAACUUCAAAAUCCGGUCGACUAAGAAGAUAUUCUGAAGAAAGUACACACAGUGUGUCUAUGUUAGAAACGCUUAACUUAGAAAGUCCCGUUUUCUUAACUUCAGUGGAAUCUAUGAAUGCCAGAAAAAUCAUGAUUAACAUAUUCAGUAUAUUCAAGAGGAUGACUAAUUAUUUCAUUUUACCGCAUUCAAGGAAUGCUAACCAACUAUGGAUCUCAAGUGAUUUCAAGAAUAUUAUCAAACCGAUUUUUGUCGCUAUCGUUGAUUCUGACAGGAAUUUACAAUCAACCGCUAGAGCAUUCAUGGACGUAUUAGUCAAUUAUAUUAAGGAAUUUAGCGCUGAUACUUCAACAAUUACAGUUAGUGGAUAUUUCCUAAUUUGUAGCUAUACAAUCUCCUUAUUUUCUAUGGGGUUAUUCGAUUUGAAUUUAGAAAGUCAUAAGCGUGGUGUUUUAUUGGAUAUCGUUCAAAACUUUCUAAAAUUAAGGUCAUAUUUAGGAACUGUUGCAGAGAAUACACACCAUAUGGAUAAUGUAGUUGAAGCUGAACGUACAACUUUCCCUCUUAUCGUCGGUACCGUCGGUAGAGCAUUAUUUGUCUCAUUACAUACCGAUGAUCCUGUUAUUCAGAAGAAGUUAAGGAUUGCAUUUGCUGAGUUCCUUACUGUGAUCAAAUUUCAUCAAAAAUAUAUUGGGCCGAUUGAUAAGAAUUGGAUCUUUAAUCUUCCUUUCUUGGAAGCAAUGUCAAAAGAGAUCCCAAGAACCGCAGGAGCAGUGGCUGCUCAGCGUCAUAUCCGAACUAAUAUUUUAAAACAUAUUUUACAACCAGACUCAAUUCUUCUUGAUUCGAUGAAUGCCUUAUUAAAAAAGUGGUAUCAUCUAGCACAUUGUAAUACGAGAACCCCUGAAGAAACUGCAAACUUUAGAAGUAUUGCCGGAAUAAUUGCAUCUGUUUCAGGACCAUUCCUGGUUAUUCAGAAGCAACAAGGAGAACAAUAUCCAUAUCUACUGGAAUUUGCGACUGAGUUAAGGAAAGAAAUGAAUUAUUUCAUUGGAAAACAAUGUGAAUGGCUCAACAGUCCAGAUUUACUCACAAGAGAAAACUCUCGUGAAAUUUUAGGUGAUGAACUGCAUCCGCUUUCUUUUAAGUUGCUCUUUGAUAAUUUGAAAUGUCAUAUUAGAGCUCUUUCAGAUAUUGACUUGACAAAACCAGAGGAAGAGUAUAAUUUUAUUCUUUUACAACAGCUUAUUGCAGUUUUAAGGUCAAUUUUAAAACGUUCUGAUGAUCAAAAAAUUAUGGUUAUUUUCUCAAUCGAUGUUAUUGACGUUAUCAGUCAAUUAAUGAGAAUUAUUAAGGGGAUAUCAAAAUCCUCAAGGAAAUAUUAUAGAGCGAUUAUUUAUAUGACUAAAGUGAUUAAGGCCUUAGAAUAUUCAGAAAAUAGUUUGGCACUCAAACAUCAUUACCAUUUGAAAAAUAAAUGGUUGAAACUGAUCAUAUCGUGGUUUAAAUCAACAAUUUCAAAGGAGUUGGAUCUCGAGAACUUAUCUAAACCACAUAGAGAAGUGAAUUUAAGAAGACGUGAUCUAGACUUACUUUAUAUAGAUACUGCCAUUGAAUCAUCCAUCGCAAUUGCAUACCUAACAGAAAACCUUCCAUUAGAAAUACCAGUCACAGCGUCUGAAGAAGAAGGGCGUAGAUCUGAAUCUGUCAUUUAUGGUAAUUAUUUCAAUAUUUUACUAAAAGGAUUAGAAAAAAGUAUGGAGUCGGAUAAGUUCCCACCGUCAUUAGCACACAAAAUGUCCGUAUUAAAUGAAAAUAUCAUUUUAGCCUUAAGUAACUUAUCGAAUGCAAAUAUUGAAGCAAGUUUACAAUUUUCGGUACCAAUGGGUUACUCUAAGAAUAGGAAUAUCAAGAAUGCAUUCCUGAAAGUAUUCACAAAUAGUUUAUCACAAUAUCCAUUGGACAAAGGUAGAUUUAAGAAAAGUAAACUAUUUGGCAUUGAUAAACUAUUACUUUAUACUGUUAAAUUUCCCCAAUUAGUUGUCGCUGCCGGAAAAGUUUGUCCAGCUCAUGAGUUAGAUGCAUAUGCAGCUGUAUUGAUUAAUGGUUUUGAAACAAGAAAUGCGUCACACCUUUGUGUUUCCGAACUAAUUAAAGAUGAAAUUGAACAUGUAUCUAGACCUAUGGAUAUAUUAAGAAGAAACAGUUGCGCGACCAGAGCACUAUCAUUACUAUCAAGAACUAAGGGUAAUGAAUUUUUGAUAAAGGCUUUGCGACCUGUUUUACAAAAAGUGUUAGAAAAUAAAGACUUCUUUGAAGUAGAGAAAUUGGACCCAAAUGAUCCAGAGGCAGCAUUACAAGUUGCAUUAUUUGAAAAGUACAUGACAGAUCUGUUGGCCUCAAUUACAGAAGCAUUGCCUUAUUUCCCCCCUGAGUUUUUUUAUAUUUGUCAAACUAUUUAUACUGCAACGAAAAAGAAGUUCCCUGAUUAUGCAUACAUUGCAGCCGGUUCAUUUGUUUUUCUUAGACUGAUUUGUCCAGCACUAGUUAGCCCUGAAUCCGAGAACAUUAUAGAGAUCUCAAAUUCCGACGAAAAAAGACCAUUCAUUUCUUUAGCAAAGGUAAUCCAAAAUAUUGCAAAUGGUUCGGAUAACUUGAUUAAAUGGCCAUCCUUGGCGAAUAAAUCAGAGUUCCUGAAAAAAUGCAGUGACCAUAUCUUCCAAUUUCUGGUAGAAACAUGCAGAACAGACCGCGAAAUAAAUAUCGUUGUUCGUACAGAUCCGGAGCCAAUACCCUUCGAUUUUGAUUUCCUCCAUCGUUUCUUAUACAUGAAAGGUUUCGAAAUUAGAAAGGUUUUAUUAGAUGGUCUGCGAUCAUUGGAUGAUUGUGUUUUCUUUAGAAGCACAUUUUUAUUAGUCGAUAAGCUAUUGGGGGAUGCUGGGCCUCCCGAAAUGAAGUACAGCAACGAAAUACCUCCAUUUAUAAGAGAACAUAUUGAUGAAUAUCCCCAAUUAUAUGAGUUUAUGAGUAGACAUGCAUUUAAAAAGCGGCCAACGAACGAUGACUUUUUAUUUGUCCAUGAAUCGAUGUCAAACGACGGUAUUCCUAUCAUUACAUUAAUGCUUAAAAAAUUCAAAACAAAUGGAAUCGGCGUAGAAGAUGUUGCAUUUAAAUUCAUCCAGAUUUACUCAAGAAUAUGGAUAACUAAACAUUGUCUCGUUUUGGAUUGUACCGAAUUUAGUGAAUACGAAUUGGAUAUUAAAAAAUUGAAUUCCUUACUAUUCAAUAUUUUGCCGUCCUUUUCUGUACAGAAUUGUAUUAAAAUAUUCCUAUUCAAUGCAACUGAAGUAUUUCUUAGGGCAUGGCUAACUUAUUGCGAGCAAGGAAGUCCAUAUUUAACGAUGAAAACCCCCCAUUGUUUUAUUAAUUCCAAUACCGAUGGUGAGUUAGUGAAGUCACUCGGUCUAACGGGCCAAGGUUUGAGCAUACUGCAAGAUAUUCGUAUAUCUCUUAAGGAUGUUACUCUUUACAACUCUGACACAAAGAAACCCGUCCCUAUAGUGAUGAAGAUUGGGAAUAAAUAUCUCCAAGUUUUGCAAGUAACACCGAAAUUAAUUAAUAGUAAAACACUCGGGUCCUCUUUCGAUGUAAAAUUUAACCAAGUUUUCAGAAUCAGUGAGAUAUCAUCCGUGCAUGUGUCGUCGACCACCGGUGCAUCUAAUGAAUUUACAGUGAACUUUGUGGACGGAGCAAGUCUUAUUUUCUAUAGUCAAAAGUACUUGGAAAUUGUAAAGAUGUUUUACUACGCACAAAUGAGACUAUCAAAUGAAUAUGGGGAAAAUUUAUACGAGCCGAUUGGGGAGAUAAAAUCCACCGAAGAAGAUAAACAAAUACGUGAUAAUUACGAACUUAUUGGUCAUCUAAUAUUAGUAAUUCUAGUAGGUCUUUACGAUGAUGACGAUAUAGUGAAAAAUAAUGCGUAUAACUUAAUGGCAACUAGUAGGAAUGCUUUCAACUUGAAUUUUGGGGCAAACUUCAGAGGUGCCACCGAAAUAUACGUUCCUAACGACACAACCACUUUUGUUACUAUGGUAUCAAAAUCGCUAGCAGAAUGCCAUCCCGAAUUAACUCCAUAUAUAUGCAAAUAUAUUCUGAAUGGAUUAGAAACUGGGAUCAUCUUACAUGAGCAUGUACCGCAGACGAUAUGUGCCUGGUCUUACUGGAUCCCAAACCUCUAUGAACACAUUUAUUUAUUAGAUGAUGAAGAAGGUCCCGAUGUAAUAUCUCGUAUAUUGCGUACUCUGAUCCGAUUAACAGUUUCAGAGCCAGAUUUUGCAACCGUGUAUCACCGCCAAGUUUGGUCUCUACUGGGUGCGGACGGACGUUUAACCGCACCAUUGGUAGAAGAAAUCAUUAAUCAUGCUUUAGAACGAGAUUCUGAAGACCGUGAUUGGAAGAAAACACUUUCAUUACUUACUGGAUUACCAACAGUCGAGGUUGCAUGUACUAUUGUACAAAGGUUAAUGAAGUUGAUAAAAUCAUUUUUACCAUCACUGAGAUUAGAAGCUUUGACGCAGAGUUGGUCUGAGUUGAUGAUUUUAGUAAAGGCAAGUAGUCAUCUUUUCUUUGAAGCCCCAUUCCUAGCAGAAAUGUUUUUACCGGAGCUUUUGUUUAUUGUUUCUUUACUAAUUGAUGUUGGGCCUCCUGAGAUCCGUUCUAGUUUGCAUGAGUUAUUAAUGAAUGUCUGUCAUUCGUUAACUAUUAAUGAGAUACUACCUGAAGAGAACAGAAGGAAUCUAGAUGAAACUUUAACGGUCUUUUCAAGACAGAAAAUGAAAUUUAUUUUUGGUUUUAGUCAAGAUAAAGGUCGUUUAUUACAAAAUUUCAGUGCCUCAUCGUUUUCAAGCAAAUUUACCGUAUUAGAUUAUUUCACGACAAAUAUUAUGUUGGUUAUGGAUUAUGCCUCUACAACUGAAUCAGCUCAGUGGAAGACUAAAUUCAAAAAAUACUUAACUGAUGCAGUUUUCCAAGACGAAUCAUUUUUGGCAUCUAGAGCUAUGAUGAUGCUUGGUAUUAUUGGUCAAACAUACACAUCAGAGAUGUUUUGUAGAAGUUUACUUCAAGAGACGUUGAAAACAAUUGCGCAACCUGUGGUUACUGAUGAGUUGAUCUUUUUGAUAAUUGCACAAUUAUUCACGUACAGCAAAGUGGUUCAAGGACUAGAUCCAUCACUUGACUUGAUGACAGAAAUGUUUUGGUUAACAACUGUGUUUAUAGAAUCACCACAUGCAGCAAUUUUCCAAGGGGGGCUAAUCUUCAUGACCAGUUGUUUAGACCGACUAUACAUGAAUUAUUUCAAUACAAAUAACUCGGGAAAGUCUUUGAUUUCCCUACUCAUAAAUACUCGAGGGUUUGCGUCGCCAUUACUAAAGGAAUUAGAAACUAUGAAUGGAAUCAUUUGGAAUGAGGAAAAUUUUGUUCACAUUUUGACCGCAUAUAUAAAACGUGGAUUAACAAUCCCUUUCACCCGCAAUACUGCAAUAAGCACCCUUCAUAUGCUAUUCAAGAAUACUUAUUUGGAACAUAGAAUAUGUGCUACAUCAAAUGGACACCUAAAUUAUCUAUAUCUAUUAUUUCAAGUUUUAAAUGCGGAAGAAUUUUCACAAGUUUUAGAAGAGGUUGAAUAUGAAGAUGAAAUGAUCGAUUUGAAUGAUGUUAAUAAAGUUCCUAAGAGCCUACUUGAUUGGUUAAGUUCUGGUUGCUCCUCAUCUUCCAUUGCAUUAUACCAAUCCGCCUUAUUAUUUAACGGGAAUAUAUUAGAUGAAUCUUCGAAGUUAAGAACGAUAUUAGUUAUUCGUUAUUUAUUACACAGGAAUCCGAGAUGUAUCUUUAACUUCUAUGUCAUAAUAAGUGACGAAAUUCGUAAAGCUGCUUCGAUGGAACACUUUUCUGAUUGUGGGCCAGUUGCUUUUGAUAUUAUCAGUUUGCUGGUGCUGCAACCUGAGUUCAAUGAUUUGGCAAAAUACAAUACAAGGACAGUCAAUUAUUUGAAAGAGAAAGGUCUCUAUAAAAUUAAUAUUACUGAAAUUGCUGAGCAUAAUUUUAACGACUUAAUGAUGGGUUUAAGAGAAGAUCCUGAACUUCUGCUGGAAAGAAAGAGACUUACCGUGAUGAUUUUGUCAAGAAUGGCUUGUCAUGUAUAG